CUAAAAACAGUUUCCCAGAAAGUGGACCAUAUAAGAUAUUAUAACGUACCGACUACUGUGGAAUGCUCAAGCGGUUAUCGCCAAAGAAAUUUCUUGUGGCUGUUGUGGCAACAGUUGGUGUCCUGUUUACUGUCACAGUUCUUCUCCUCGGGCUAUCACCUCCGAAGAAAAAAUUUCUUCCGUAUGACGCCGAACUAUUUUCAAAAAUAGAAGGGAGCAGUUUUGAAGGUUUCAACAACGUUACUGGAACGCCAGAUGGCAGUAAUAUAGUUCCAAAUUAUGUACAUUUCAUAUUUUUCGAAAACAGUUACAUCACAUACGUCACGGCUGUGUGUGUUUUGGCAGCUUUCAAGAAUCAAAAACCAGAGAAAAUUUUCUUUCAUACGAACGUCAAAGAAUUCACAGGCCCUCACUGGGUUAAAAUACGGGACACAUUGGGCCCUGUGUUGGAAAUAAAGCAUAUUGAGAUGCCCAGGACAAUAUAUGGUCAGAAGCUACGAGAAGAUUGGGUUCCCUGGCACGCAGGUGACGUCAUGAGGAUAAGAGUUUUGAUGCAAUAUGGUGGGAUAUUUCUAGACAAUGAUUCGUACGUUGUACGUAAUUUGGACGUGUUCAGGAAAUAUGAAAUGACAAUUGGAAUAACUGAUGGUGACUAUUUAGGGACACAAGUUUUAAUAGCACAUAAAGAUGCUAGGUUUCUGAAACUCUGGUUAGAAUGUUACAGGGAUUAUAACCCCGACAGCUGGUAUUACAAUGCAGGUGAGAAACCUAUGCGAGAGAUUUUGGCUUACAGACCAGAACUUGUUCACACCGUGAAGACUUUACUGGGUGUACACGGACUCACUGUGAGGCUGUAUAACUGGGAUUCUUGGAGAAACUGGAGACUCUAUUACAGCAUACAUCUUGUGAUAAGGCUCAGGAAACAUGCUGAGACUUGGUGGCAUUACAUGCUCUGGCCCAGUAUUGACGAAACUAACAUAUGUCAGUAUGAGAAACCUUUUGGGGAAAUGGCGAGGGAAAUUUACUCAGAUUUUUGUUAAUCAAAUCAUAAGUCGCAGGCUCAUUUCAUCUCGGAAUAAAUUGUUCCAUCUUCUUCUAGGACGUCCUAAGUUUCGUUUUCUUCCACGUUCACACUGCACAACAACAAAAAAUAUGUUAACUAA